AUGUUCUGGAAGUCAUCGGGUGCUUUGAUCACCCUGUCAAUACUAUUUUUUGGCUCCUGCUAUGGCUGCAACAAUGACACGGAGUUCACUUGUCAACGCAUCAACCAAUGCGUUCCGAUGGAGUGGCGCUGUGAUGGGGCCUCUGAUUGCCGGGAUGGGACUGAUGAGUUCGACUGCAACUACAUACACAAAUGCCCGGUGAACAUGUACAACUGCCAAGAUGGAGAUUGCAUUGAUGCUGUGUGGAAAUGUGAUGGAUCGAUUGAUUGUCACAAUGGCCGAGAUGAGCUAGCCUGCGGAAGUGCUCUUCGUGCGAGCCGAGUAAAGACUGAAUCAAGCGACUCCAGUACCACUCAAACGAAGAAAAUUGCCGGCAUAAUCGGAACCGACGCUACAUGCCACGACAACAUGUAUCAAUGUGAUGGUGGAGCUUGCAUUCAUCCCGGUUUCCGAUGUGAUGGUCAACAGGAUUGCCCUCUUGGUGAUGAUGAGAAGGAUUGCUCGUCAACAAAAUCUCUUUGCCCUGAGACUCAACGUCCGUGCAAGUCCAACGACGAGUGCGUCCCCACACAAUGGUGGUGCGAUGGAGAGCCUGAUUGUCAAGACCAAUCGGAUGAGGAGGGUUGUGGUGGCGCCGAACCAUUCACUGAAAGUCCAUCAACAACUACGUCCAGCUCAACUGAUGUUCUUCCUUUGAACCAGACGACGGCUCACUCAGAAGGAACCUGCAAUGAGAAUCAAUAUAGAUGCAAAAGAAGCCAUCUGUGCAUCGACAUGCUGAAAACUUGUGACGGAAUCGAGGAUUGUCCAGAAGGAGAUGAUGAAGCUGGAGCUUGUCGGGAAUGCCUUGCUUUGGAUUGUAUUUACGAUUGCCGAGCAACAGUGAAAGAAGCAACUUGCCAUUGCCCAACCGGUAUGGUUACUGAUCCACAGGACUACCGUGGAUGCAUCAAGGACAACCCGUGCCUUCAUCAAUCACACUGUGCUCACUUCUGCAAGCCAACCGACAAUCAGAACUACAUUUGCUCUUGCGACGUCGGAUUUCAAUUGGACGUCGAUCAACAUCUUUGCAUUCCGCAAACGGAUCCAUUUGGCGGGGAACUCUUGUUCAGCGUUGGAAAUGAGAUUCGCGUCUCUUCGCUUCACGCCGAUGAAACACACGCCUCUCGAUAUCACACUUAUUCUGCGAUAGACACCGGUGAAAAUCUGUACCAUCUUGCAAUGGAUGUUCGUGGAAAGAGCUUGUGGGCAGGCAUUGCAGGACAUGACCGUCAGUGGCGGAUCGCAAAAACCAUCAACGGAGAGCUGAAGUCACUUCGUGUCGGAUUUCCUGAACUCGGCAACAUUCAGUUCGAUUGGAUCAAUCGGAACGUCUACUUCGUGACCGGCGGAAGAAGUGAAACUCCCUACAUCUAUGUCUGCGAUGAGAAUAUGCUCUACUGCUCAAAACUGGUUCGAGGCCUUCGCUCAAGCGUUGAUGAACACGGAAGAAAACAUAUUCAAGCGUUCCGAGGAUUGGCGCUCCACCCUCGCAGAGGAUUGAUGUGCUGGAUUGAAAUCUUCAUGGGAGUUGACAAAGUCAAAUGUGCCAAUAUGGACGGCUCUGAUGUGCACACUGUCAUCGAUCGAAAGCUCGUCGAUCCAACGACGCUCGUCUGGGACACCCUCAAGAAUGAUUUGUACGUGGCUGAUGCUGGAAACGAGCUUAUUGAGCGAAUCAACUAUGACUCGAGGGAACAACGUGUCAUCGGAAGAAUCAUCAAUCCAUUUGCGAUGGCGUUUUUCAACGGAAUGCUCUACUACAGUGAAAUGGAGAUGAACGUUAUCAAGUCUCUUGACGUGUCUACCGACCACCAUCUGAUGCCACACAUCGAGCGCAGUUUCUCGCAUAGACCUUUUGGAUUGACUAUCAACCACACCUUGGCUCAGAAUACGCUUGGUAUUGAGGCUUGCCCAGCAACUUUGGAAUGUCAAUACGCGUGCGUCAGCUACAUGAUGGAAACCACUGCUGUUCACAGUUGUCUCUGCCCUGAAGGCUAUGAGGCUGGGGUUGAUCGCGAAUGCGUCUUCCCAGAGAACAGAAGUGACUACAAGGCUGAUUCUUAUGUUGACCUCGAAUACAUGAAGUCAUUGUGUGAAACUGGAAAAGCAUGUGGAGCCAACGGACAAUGUGUCUACAACAGGGACGACACUACAAACGAGGUCGAAGACAUCCGAUGCGAAUGCAACUCUGGUUACACUGGCUUGUUCUGUGAAUUGACCGACGGAAAGGCAAUGGCUGAUGCACUUGAGGGUCAAGAAACAUCUUUCAUCACAAUUGUGUUGCUUGUUCUCGCCUUCCUUGUUGUAUUGGCGAUUACUUUCUUUUGCAUACAUGAGAAGCACCAGCCAUUCCGAGAAUUCACAAAGUCCACGAAAGAAGCCGUCAUGGAUUCAAGCCCACAUGUGCUCCAAGCCAUCCGCAACAGCGUUCACCAUGUUCACGAAAAGAUCGUCUCAAAAACGGCGAAAACACAGGACACAAUGGCCCCGAUCACCUCCUCGUUUUCAAGCCCAGUCUUUCAAGACGCCAAAGAAAACACGACACUUGAUGCGGAAGUGGGAAGCCCUCUCGUCAAGAAGUCACCACUCUCCUCAAGAGGAUCACCACCACUAGUCAGUUCAAACCCGGUUCCUCCUGUCCCAUCGACUGGUGUGAGGAGUGUUUUCGGCAACUUUGAGAAUCCAUCGUUCCGGGUACCAUCACCACCAAGCGAGAUGUAUGGCCGGGAAACCUGGGAAGCCUCACUUACGAGCCGGAGUGAACCCGAAUUUCAUCUAGGCGACGACGAAACUACCCGCAAUGUUUAU